ACUUAGAAGAGAUUCCGACGUAGUACUCUCAAAUCAUGAACGUAAAGAGCUUCUCUUUAAGUUUCUCGUUAUCGGUGAUUAUGGCGUCGGUGAGUGAUUAUUUUCUUCGUUAUGAUCUUUUUCUCUUAACAAAUCUUGUUUAUUACUUACGUGUUCGAAUUUAUUUGAUAAGGUGUUAUUCGGACUCGGUAGAGAUAAGUAAAUCAGCCAGAUUUGACAUUAUAUUUAUUUUUCGCGUUUACGAAUUCCAUGUUUUAUCCGAUUACUUUUUUCACUUUAUUUAUUUUAUUUCAGGCAAGACGGCUCUCGUACGAAGAUAUACAGAAGGAAAGUUUUCUUCCAAUUACAAGAUAACGAUAGGAGCUGAUUUCGUGAUAAAAAUGCUCGAUUGGGAUCCAAAUCUUAAAAUAGGUUUACAGUUAUGGGAUAUCGCCGGUCACGAGAGAUUCGGAUUCAUGACCAGGAUUUAUUACAAAUAUGCCGUCGCAGCAGCACUGGUCUUUGAUAUUUCACGAAUGGCAACAUUUAAAUCGAUGAAGAAAUGGCUUUGCGAUCUUCGAGAAAAAGUUACGCUUCCGGACGGAUCGAACAUACCCGUUGUUCUUCUGGCAAACAAAUGCGACAUUCAAUUUGCGGCCGUAACAACCGAACAGAUUGCUACAUUUUGCAAAGAGAACAAUAUCACCGCUUGGUACCUUACCUCGGCGAAAGAAAAUACAAACGUUGACGAAGCUAUGCGCUACUUGGUGGAAAAAGUGCUGAAAGUAAAAAUCGGAGGUGGCGUACAGGAUUCCAUAAGGCUUCGCAAAGAAUCCAAACAACAAAACAAGACAGGCUGUUGCAGGAAUUAAUCAUUGCGUUACUAAAUUGAUCCUUUUCUUCAUACUUCUUCGCACUUGAAACUUUUAUCAUCUAAUUUUAUAAUUAUCUUUUAUAUUUUUUAAACAUAUACGACAUUAAUGCUACUCAAGUUUUUACGAUACAAUAAUAUAUUUACAAAUGGAAUUUUAUCAUUUCUAUCCCUAAAUGAUUUUCGACUAGCUCUUUUAUUAUCAUUAAAUUAUUAUCGCCACAAUCUAUCGAUACGGAUAAACGUAAAUGCGUAUUUACUUAUUUCUUAAUCUUAACACGGUUUUACUUUGGUAAUUCAGUGGUAUUGCGAAUCGCGAAAUUUCUAUCGCGUAUCGCUAAACUAACUCGUUUGUAUAGUGUCGAUGCUAUAAAUACGCGUAAUCGAUUUCAAUUGAGUAGUCCUUAGGGACGUUUCGUUCUUUUCAGUCGGCGAACAAUUUACAUUAGUUUCUGUCUUUUCGAAUUGCAUUCGACACACCUACACUUGUA